CCCUUCAUCACCCACGUUCAUUUCACUCUCGCCAUUCCAUGAUCGACACACCUGUCGGCUACUGUGCGCUGUGAUCUUUUCUUCUUAUGACCACUCGGUUCUUCCUUCUUUUGUGACUCGAUCUUUGGGAAACACUUCGACCUGCUCGAACCAUCCCGUCCUUCCUUUAAACACAUCCCACUACACUGUACACACCCACCAACAACCGUUCCGAGCCCGUAAUCCAAACACCAAGCCAGUUCAACUCUGUCACGACUUUUCUCGACGACCAACGCCAACUUGGAGAACCAGAAGAGCGACAGAAACACUCGGGACGAGUUUCAUGUACAACUAAGCCAAAAGCCCACCCACUUUCACUCAUCGAGUCACCCAACACACCCAGACGGUCAUUGUUCGCCAGCGACCCGUCGUCCUAUCCUUUUUAUAUCCAGGAAACCGAAACCCACCGUCAUUAGGCCAUUUUGCCCACGAUCCAGUUCGAAAGAACUCCCACAAAAGUGUACAACAACAUCAACAAACUCGCAACACCAAAGCACCAUACGAUUAAUCAGUAAAGACGGACCUCGAUCACCCGUCCGACUAACAACACAACUCAACACGACAGACUUGUCUGACGCAUCACGAUGGACGCAACGAUGAUGACGGCCCAGGCAAUGGGACAAGCCCCGUUCCUCUACUACCGUCCGGAACAAAAGCCCGACACGUCUAGGCACCGCGGCCACUUCUCCCAGCAGCCCAACAUGCACCAGCACCAGCAUCAGCACAUGGCCAUGUACCCCAUGGUCCCGACCCUGCCGUCGACGCCCAUCUAUUCGCGCCCCAACUCGUCUUGCUCACAGCUCAUGGGCCCCACGCUGUACAGCAAUGGUCCCGCGAACAUGACCCCCAUGGCCUCGCCUCAAGCCAUGAGCCACAAGCCCGCCAUUAUGCUCGAGACGGAAAUGGGUGACGACGGCCUCUACUUCCCGUCGACGCCGCCCUUGUCGACGUGCGGCAGCACCAUCAGCAGUCCCAACAACAGCUGCGAGCUCCUCCAGACACCCAUGAACCCCAUGUUCUCUGGACUGGACGGCUUCGACGGUCUGGAUGGUUUCAAGGAGACGCUGGAAGUGCCCGAGAACCUCGCUAUCGACUGGAACAGCUGCGGAUCUCCUCCCAUGACCCCUGUUUACCUCCAAAAUCAAGCAGGCAAUGCCGCCUCGCUUAGCACCAACACUAGCGACCUCCUUUCCACAGCAUCUUGCCCUUCACUUUCUCCCUCACCCUCACCGUAUGCCAGGUCGGUCGCCUCCGAACAGGAUCUUGACUUUUGCGACCCGCGCAACCUCACUGUCGCUGCUGCUCCCAACACGUCCAAUCCGACCUUGGCGCCCGAGUACUCAGCCUUCACUCUUGGUGACGAGCUCAGGGGGGAAGUCUCUGCCAAGACCGCUCCUACUUCUGCCCCCUCUCACCAGAACUUUGACUUCAACCCUGCCAUUCCUCACGGCCUCCCCGCCUUCGAGGACCUGUCUGACUUGGAGUCCGAAGACGACUUCGUCAACGGCCUGGUCAACCUUGGCGACGCGAACUCUGCCGAGGUCCGCCGCCCUCGCGCCUGCACCGGCUCCAGCGUAGUCUCACUCGGCCACGCCAGCUUCAUCGGUGGUGAAGAAUUCAACUUUGACGAGGCCGACAUCUCCACCCCGGCUUGCCUUCCCAGCCCCUCGUCAUCUUGUGUCGACGACUGCCACCAGGGCAAGCGUCGCAGGGUCAUGAAGCAGGAAAGCCGCAACUCAACGCCCGCCAUGAACUCUACCGCCGGCUCUUCUCAGGCCGCCGGCAGCGAGCAGAGAUCCGACAGCCAAGCCCCCGCCUCCGAGGCCAACAGCUCGUCCGACUCAGAGUCGGCGUCUGCUCCCGUCCCCGCGCCCGUCAACCGCCGCGGUCGCAAGCAGUCGCUCACCGAGGACCCUUCCAAGACCUUCGUCUGCGAGCUCUGCAACCGCCGCUUCCGUCGCCAGGAGCACCUUAAGCGUCACUAUCGCUCCCUCCACACGGGUGAGAAGCCCUUUGAGUGCCACGAGUGCGGCAAGAAAUUCUCCCGCAGCGACAAUCUCUCCCAGCACGCCAGAACCCACGGCAGCGGCGCUAUCGUCAUGGAGCUUGACGAGUCGGGCGUUCACUCCUUCGAUCACGGCAUGAUGGGCCACCCCGAGGACUACCAUACUCUUGGCAAGGUCCUCUUCCAAUGCGCCGCCGAGAUCCCCGGAAGCGCCAGCGAGCUCUCUUCGGAAGAAGACAACGGCAAGAAGAAGCGCAAGCGCUCGGACUGAACAGUCGGAGCGGCUUUGUUUUUUAUCGCAUUCAAUUUCACAAUCGAGAGCGACCAAUCGUUGCUUCGAUCACGCCCGACACGACUUUGAUGACGACAACUUCUUUUCUUUCCGACCUACCCCGCUACCUCUUACGCGGAUCGGUCAAUAGGGUCACACGUGGGAAACCUCUCCACGGGAGGGCUAUCAUCAACCACCGGAAGAUAGACCGUCUCAGGGAGGACCACAUGCGAGAGAAAAAAAAGGUGCAAGCGGGUUUCGGCAUUUUCACUCAUCGAUGCGUUGCCUUGACUGUAUCAUUAUUUCCGACGCCAGACAUGCUGAAGCCGCCACCGGUCUCGGUUGUGGUCAGCGUCCAAGGGUGUUGUUGUUUCAAGGGCAAGCAGGAUGAUCACCAAACAAAAGUUCAAGAACGCAAGGGCGAAGCAAAGGGCAAGAGCAAAGCGGGACUCGAGAACAACGGCGUGUAAGGUACGGCGGAACUCUUUUGAAACAGACAUCACACCGGCAGCAUUGAUUUGUUGUUUUUUCUUGCUUGAAUUUUCGGGAGUUUUCAAAGUUGCUUCAUGCAGACGGCAAAGGGGGGAAACAUGAGUUCGCUUUUUGCACUUUUUUUUUUUGGCAGCGGCCGAAGCGUACUUUUCUUUACGCUUGUUGUAAUCUCACCAAGAUGUUCGGAUGCCGGCAGCCAGCAUCGCCUUGGAACAAGGGAAUUUUCUUCUGCGCGGCGCUGAGGAAGCGGAUCGUCCCCUUGGGGGGCCGGUUGUGCCCUCUCGGUCGUCUUCAUGUGUUUACUUUUUUAUCCCUCUCUCAUCAUCAAAUUGGAUUUGUUUUGAGCCGUUGAUGGACGCGGAUGUAGACCCUUCAAAUACUUGCAAAGGACGAAUUUGGAUGGGUGGUGGUGUGUGUGUUGUGUGUGCAGGUCACUCGUCAUCGACACUCCUCCAUCAUCGAAACAAGCAAAAGGAAGAUGCUUCUUUUCCCACGCAGACACUUUUCCCCCCCGGUACACAAACAUCGAUUUUUUUUUUCUCCAAGCAGAACAAAACAAACAACAAAAAGAGAGACUUUUCCGCGCUGCCAACCAUCUGAACUGCCUAACUUUGCUCCAUCUGGAUCUCGAAUGUGUGUGUUGUGUUGUGUGAGAUGACUCGUUGGAUGGUGGUGUGGGCUCAUCGGCCGAUCGAUGGUGGCUGUCCGUACUCGAGACCUUUACUGCAUACUGGAACGCGGCGGUCCAAGACAACAACCCAAGACACAGCCAGACCAAAGAAAGACUAGACGCACACAAGGCCCGGAUGCCCGUUACGCGUGUGUUCCAGUCGGACGUUUUUUUUUUCCUUUCUUUUCUUUUUUGUGUCUCCCACCCAUUAUAAGACCCAACCGUCCCGCGACGUUUUCUUUCUUUUUCCUUUCCGCCCCGGCCUCGGAAGGUCUCACAGCUAUGACGGACGCCUCGCCUCGCCUGGCCUGGCCGCCAGGUUGGUAGCGUGUUGCCAGCUCCGACCCCCCGAACCCAGCCUUAGCCGCCGACACAUCACCCGCGGACGCGGCGCUGCGCUGCAGCUGCGGGCCCCGUUUUCUUUUUUUGUUUCGUUCCUUCCCAACGGCGACGGCAUUUGAAGCGUCCUCUUUUUUUUUUUUUUUUUUUUCACAUUGUAAACCCCCCUCCACUCCAACUGGGUUUCCUUUCUUUUUGUCGGGGAGUUGUCUCACCCCGUCGAGUGCUCACAGCCCCAACGGCUGGGACCGAGAGGAGAGGGGCAGUGCGAUCCAUCUCCCUCGAUCGAGGAGGAGGGGAGAAGGCUUGGUACCGGCAUUCCCGAUCCACAGUUCGCGGAUUGAGGUCCGGCUGUAGACGGUCCCCCCUCCCGGUCCCCAUUUUCAACGGGGACAGGACUCGAGUUCCAUUACAAUGGUUCUUCCGUACUCGACGGACCUUUGCUGCGCUUUUCUCUUCGUUGUUUUUUUAUUUAUUCAUCUUCUCUAUCUCUAUCCUGUUCCUUCUCAAUUGUCUGAGCGAAGACUCUUCGCACCCC